AUGACAUGCAAUCGAUGGAAUAAACACUACUUCGCUGCCACCGCCUUCGCUAAUCUUUGCACUCAAGUCGUAUCUCUGGAUUGGGAAAAAUGUCGCGCGAGAAUAAAAUCCGAGGUCACUAACGGGACUUUAUUGCUCAACGACACCACCAUCUUCCAUCCCAACUCGACGGCCGAAGCGCCUUACCUGACUUUUCCGGCUUGCGAAACUUACUGCGGAAAAGGAAGAACAUGGUAUGAGGACACAGGACCGAUUUUGAAUACCUGGCUCAUCCCAAUUCUUAUUCUCGUCAGCCAAAUGGACGUUUCACCUCUGGAUAAGAGAACGUAUUUAGUUCUUUUUCAUCUCCUAGGCGAUCCAAUCGACUCCAUUUAUUCGCUUCUCUUGAAGAUAGAAGCGUGGAGUCGUUGCAGAAUUAGGGCCGAGCAUGAGUGGAAUGUGAGACAUGCACCGGGGUUGAUUGCCUUAGAAUCGGGAGAAACAUGGAAGUCAAGAAUCAAAAGACGACUGAUUGAUUUUAUGGCGCGAAUCAAAGUUGCAAUCUGGGGUAGGCCAGGCGGUGUAAGAAGGCGAUGGAGGGAAAUAGGGAAUGAUGAGAAGGCUGAAUUUGUAAGAACCCUUGGGACACUCCUGGGCGGAAUUGAAGAGCUUGUGGGAGAAGGCUUCAAUCCAUGGGAGGUUUAUGAAAAGAUAUCUCUCGUUCCUGACAUUGACAUCGAUCGAUUUCGUAACGAUGUCGCUUACGAGCUCGCCAACAGCAGAACCGACGACAUCUAUCGAACUUGUCUAGCGGUUGCACUCUUCUUUUAUCAAGUUAUAUCAGGUUUUGUCGUUAGAGUAGGUGGAAAUGCCAGUUCACCUCCUGGUGGACGGAUUGGCAUCUGCAUGUUCUUGACGUACAUCCUCCCUGCUAUUUUGAUGAGUAAUCUCCUGGGAAACUUUACUUCGGCCUCUACUUGUUACAGUAUUUUCCAGAAGAACCUACCUGCCGGAAUACAUCUUCUACCACUUUUGUAUCCCCAAAGGUCUGCUUCGCGCAAGGAUGUUACCGAAUAUUUCAAAGCUCGUCCCUGGUCUGGAGGAAUAUACACGUUUCGCCCUGAAAAGUAUAUGUUCAACGACAAUUUUGCUGGUACUCGAUCACGCAAGCUAUUGUUUCCGCUGGCGAUAUCACCCGUACUUUUCUCAACUAUCACCGGAUUAUCUAUUAUCUGGCAUCUCCCGCCCGCAGGUGUUAACUGCCGUUGGUUUGUACUGUUGGGCAUCAGCUAUCUCUACUUCAUCAGUACUCUCAUUACACAGGCUUCUUACGUCUUAAGUUCCAAGAAGAGUCGACUUUGGCGGAUGAUUAUGUGCAAAGAUGUUGUCAUCGCAGUCCCAACAGUAAUCUUGCUUUUCUUAUCCAGCAGUGGAUUGUUCAACACAUGUUGGUGUUGGAGUGGUGUGAUGAUGCAUUUGCACAGCAGGGAAAAAGCCAAGGUUGGACUCAAUACAGACUUGUCAUUCAGACCAUAUAUUACAAGACUCUACCCAGCAUUAUUUGGCAUUUGUCUAACACUACAGAUGUUGACAUUUAUGGUUAUGUUCAUAAAUGGAUGGAAAGGCUUGACCCUUAUGAGGUGGUCUAGGUACAUCAUGGCAAACCAGUUGGUGGAAUUUGCAGAGGAUCUUGGUCAUCCGACCUCAGCGCAUGGAACCGCUGGAAUUGUCAUUGCCCAGGAAGGAGUUCCUGGCCGUCAACAUCAAAAUGACUUGCCCUCUCAAGCGGUUGUUGCAGCACACUCGUUGGGAGCAGGAUUCCAAGUUGAAGAACCGGAAACGGGCAGUGAUCAUGAGCUCGAAAGGUUUGUGACAGCUAGUAGUAGAGGCAAUGAUGUCGUACAGCAGAAUCCAGAGAGAGAAGGUUUGCUAUCGUAG